GGGCCGCGCCCCCCCUCGCCGGUCCCAGAGCCGCAGCUGCUGCGCCCGCGCGCUCCCGGGGACAUUCUACCCGCCGCCCGGUCCCGCUGCCUCUCGCCCCGCUAUUAAUACCGGCGGCCCGGGAGGGGGGCGCAGCGCGCGCGGCGCAGCCAUGGGGACGCUGCUGGCCUUCGUGGUCGGCGCGGCACUGGUGUCCUCAGCCUGGGGGGGCUGUGUGGAGGUGGACUCGGAGACCGAGGCUGUGUAUGGGAUGACCUUCAAAAUCCUGUGCAUCUCCUGCAAGCGCCGCAGCGAGACCACGGCUGAGACCUUCACCGAGUGGACCUUCCGCCAGAAGGGCACGGAGGAGUUUGUCAAGAUCCUGCGCUACGAAAAUGAGGUGCUACAGCUGGAGGAGGAUGAACGUUUUGAGGGCCGUGUGGUGUGGAACGGCAGCCGGGGCACCAAGGACCUGCAGGACCUCUCCAUCUUCAUCACCAAUGUCACCUACAACCACUCGGGUGACUACGAAUGCCACGUCUACCGCCUGCUGUUCUUUGAGAACUAUGAGCACAACACCAGCGUUGUCAAGAAGAUCCACCUUGAGGUGGUGGACAAAGCCAACAGAGACAUGGCUUCCAUCGUGUCUGAGAUCAUGAUGUACGUGCUCAUUGUGGUGUUGACGAUAUGGCUGGUGGCGGAGAUGGUGUACUGCUAUAAGAAGAUCGCCGCCGCCACGGAGGCUGCUGCACAGGAGAACGCCUCAGAAUACCUGGCCAUCACCUCAGAGAGCAAGGAGAACUGUACUGGUGUCCAGGUGGCUGAGUAGCCCUGGCCCUGGGCUCCGCCUCAAGGAAGAGCCAGCUCUAGACAAGGACAUCUAGGCAUGCCUGCCCCCAAUGGGGGACAGCGUCCAGGGGCCUCCCCGUGCCUCAGAGUCCUGCCAGCGGAGCCGCCAGGGUGGGAGGGGACACUCCUCAUCCAGCCUUCCUUCCUGCCCCGCCGCCCACCCACCGCCAUGCAUGAUGGGUAAAGCAAUACUGCCGCUGCCCCCACCCCUGCUUCUGCUGCCUGUUUGGGGAGGGGGCGGCGAGGCGGGGGCAGUGGCUCCAUACCCCUUCUUCUUGCUGAUUUGCACACAUCGGCCCGCUUCAGACGCGCACUGCUGGGGCCAACCCCUCCCUGCCUGGCUGGGGGUUGUGAUGAGGGCCCAGAACAGUUUGGGGCAGGGGGUUCUGGCCCCACUGCGACGCCCAGCAUCAUGUGCCCUCCUGCUUCCUCCGGCUGGACCUGGGGUCCCCUCUCCCUGUGAUGCACUCUGGCCCCGGCCCCACCCGCCCUCUCUCACCAGCCUUCGACUGUGGCCUCUCAGAGGGGGGCCGUUCUGCCUCGUCUCUCUUUACAGAAGUAGUUUUGUUCUCGAAAUAAAGAUUCUUGGACUUGA